GAUAGCACAUCGUGGUGAGACCUCCGACUGAACGGUGGUCGUCAAUAUUCCCACGGGCAAACGUUGCAUAACAAGCGCCUAACGGAAAAAAAGCAAGAAUCAAGUGAACGGCAAGUUCUUAUUGAACCCUGUACGCGAAAGGAUAUAGUCUUGUGUGAUAGUAAACGAAAGACAUCUUGAAGUUUGUUAUUCCGCUUCGUGGGAAACAAAGCAUGGCUUACUUCUUUGUGCAUCUACCGUAGGAGAAAACACGAGAACAAGCCAGAUCUGUGCGACGCUGAGCAAAGCUGCAUUUGCUCAAUAACACUGACGGGAAAUAACAAAAGAAAAAAAAAAAAACUGUAUAAUUAAGAUCAUAUUACACUGGAUCUCUUACCGGUAUACCCUGUACAAUUGCGGAUUUUUAGCAGAAUCGUGUUGUUGACAUCGAACGCGUUGAGGUCAUCAUCCAGACGAGUACGCUUUCGUUGAACGGAGUUUGUGUGUGCAAAAGAUAUCGUCCUCGAAAUAUGGGAUUAUAGCGAUCAACAGCGUGAUGGUACGUUUUUACCCUGCCAUAAGGUGUCAGCUGUCAUCGCUAAAAUCGCCAGCUAACGUCGUGUACCAGUGCCUCAUAGGGAUAAUUCAGUCAGAAAAGCGUUUAUAACUACAGCAGAGCUUCUAGAAAACGGAGAGAAAUUGUGUAAUCUUUGUGGCUCUUGUGUGUGACUUAUGUGUGCCAUCGUGCUAUAGUCCACGAUCUGUUCCUGUACAACCGCUUGGAUACAUUACCCUGUAACACACAGGAAGGACAACACUUUGUUCAACUGGAUUUUCGUGCUUCGGUUGACUAAGUGACCUUCAACUUUAGGUGGUCGAUGUCGACCCAGUCAACAUCACCGGUGUUCGGUACUAGUAACAAUAAUAACAAUAUUAUUACGGAGACGAAGGUCGAAGCCAAUCGUAGAGGCACACACAGUAGCACGAUGCUCACACCAAACCCGAACCAGUAUCUCAGGCCAGAGUAUCUGUCGCCUUUGCCAACCACGCUGGACGCGAAAAAGAGCCCCCUCGCGUUGCUAGCACAGACAUGCAGUAAUAUCGGAAUGGACAGUCCUAACCACAAGCCGAUGCUCAGUGUCAACAGCGAGACUAAAAGCAAGAAAUCAACAGCGGAUGACCGAAAGAAGUCAGAUCUAUCAUCGGGCAGCCUGAGUGGUCUGGGCUCAUUAUCGACGAGCACCGGCAGCUCAAACAGCUCAAGCAACGACAGCGAGAAAAGUCAGCCUGCCUUUAAGCCGUACGAUCUGAACCUGAAGAAAAGUCCGACGCCACCGCGGUCCGAAUUGAAGGACGAAGAUCGCCGAAGCCGAAGUAGUCCGUUGAGCCAACGUUCACCAAGAACCUCGCCCGCUGUGUCGGAGAAAAGCGAUAAGGGAGGCAAGUCAACCCCUAAAGGAGGCGCUUCCUCCCCAGCGGCAUCGAUUACAUCUGCAGCAAGCGUCACCUCGUCGAGCACUACUACGCUUUCGGGACUUGGCUACCCCGGCCUUGAGCAUCUAUCCCGUGGUGCGGACCCCAAGGAAAGUCUUGCCGCUCUCCACCUUGCAUACAAGAAUCUAGCAGCUGCCGCUGGCCAUCCAAUGGCCGGUGCGCCUUCUCCACUUGCUGCUGGACACCACCCGUUAGACCUCAAGGGACUACCGAGCCCGUACGCCCCCGUUUUGUCGUCGUAUGCCGGUUACGCGCGCGUAAAGACGCCUUCAGGUGGCGUCAGCCUCGUACCCGUUUGCCGCGAUCCGUUAUGUUCCAGCUGCCAGCUGUCAAUGCAGUCUGCACAGCUAGCUCCAUGCCCCUCUGGCUGUACGUCAUGCACCCAUGAACGUGUCGUUCCACCCGCGAUUCCUUUUCUGCCCGGUCUUCACGGGUCUUCCGCAUUGUUCCCGACAUAUCCCACCCAUCCGCUUGCCGGACGCACGCCCAACGUUUGCAGCUGGAUGGUCGGCGACUCGUAUUGCGGUAAGCGAUUCAGCUCAUCGGAAGAACUUCUAGCCCAUCUGCGUACGCAUACGACAUUGCCAGGUGGCGACCUGCCCCAUCCUUUGUUGACGCCUCCAGGGCUUUCACCAUUCGGCGGCUCAACAACCUCACCGCCGCUGGCAGCACCCCUCACCCCCCUAGCACCCCUUCCUCCCCCACCAACAUCCUCGGCCUCACUUCGUCGUUCGUAUCCAUCUCCAUCGCUGAGCCCCAUAGGAUCGUCAACGUCAUCAGCUGCGGCCCGUUUCCAUCCUUACUCGAGUCCACCGACGUCGAAAAGCUCGUCAAGCUCCAGCUCGUCAACGCACACGACCGGGUCGUCUUUAUCUACCAGUUCAUCUUCAGCUUCGUCGACCAGCUCGACGACAACCAACACGCCGCCGACGUUAACGCCGCCACUUCCGGCCGGCUUCCCUGGAGCGCCCUUUCCACCUCUACCUCACCCAAGCGCCGCGGCCCUAUCCAUGUUCAGCAUGUACAAUCCGUAUGCGAUGUACGGGCAGAGAUUGGGUCCACCAGUGCACCCAUAGGUAACGCCGUCCGCUCCUGGUUCUGGUGGUGCAGAUGGCUCAGUUCUCCCCUCGAUACUGGACGCACCACCGCGUCAGCUCGUCAGGCUUAAGGCCAGACGGUCUACGCCCUCAAAAAACCAAAGCUUGUGAUUUCAACUUAACAGAAGGUGAAAACAAUGAUGGUUCAACGAACGAAACAAACAGAAACAGACGACAGGAUACAGGGAAGCUACACACAUAUGCACAGACAGAAGGUACCGAUAGAAGUCUCAUAGCGACGGGUUCGACAAUGCAUAUAGUCGAUUUAGUCAAUAGAAAAGUAAAAAGAUGAAGAACAACAAGCUAAAGUUUAAAAAAGCGUCUGCAUAAAUUUGCGGUGGCGGGACCGUCGAAAAGCUAGAUGAUCGCGCCGGAAAGGAGCGGAGUGGUAGAAGAACCUUCAGUAACGAUGAGAUAACGAAAGACCAAAUUUGCUCAUAUAAAUAAGAAGGCCAAAGGAAUAACUGAAAAGGCGGUAACGGGUCCGUGGACAGCUCCAAAUAAUACGUGAACAACAGUGGCUAACACUAAACCCGGAAUUAAACUUUCUUAAGGGUGUAUUCCAUUUCAAGGCUCAACUGUAUCACUGCUGCAAAUAUCGUUGCGAAUGGCACCGUCAUCUGUCAGCCAUUUUAGCGGGCGUUUGUUUAGUGGUCGUCUAGAGAUUCUUCGCAGACGGCCGCGAUCGUCGGACAUACAUGUCACGGUCAUCAUAAACAUAGUGAGACGAAACGCAGCACUCCAACCAGUUGGUUUCUUUUCAUUGUUUUGAAGUGUUUGCAACAUCAGGCGGGGACAUUUAACUGACGUCUGUACUGUCUGUUUUCAUGCUUAUCUGACAACAACAGCAGCAGCAGCGACAACGACAACAACCAAUGCAGCAACGAUGAUGACGAAAACAGCUUCAAAGAAUAACAGUUGAUUUCUACGUUCAGAUCAGUUGCAACUAGAAUUGUGGCGGACGAACAAAUCAGACCAGACAUUAAACAUUGCCAACCAAGGGCAAUAUAUUUGGUAGCAACAUUAUGGCUUGCUACGACAAGAUCCCGACGUGUAGGACACUUGACCGAGGUGACAUAUAGGCAAGGUGAUUACCGAAGUAGCUUAUUAGCGCAGUCAGACGAAUCUACGUAGAUGGAAACUAGACUAACCUUGACAACGGUGACGACGACGACGACGAACAAAAUCAGCUAGAAUUAGACUUACUUCAAAGAAGGGCGUUCCGUUCCUGAAAUGAUGCCAAUGAAAUACAAAAAAUGGAAUUUGACAACAAAAUAUACUUGAUACACUACCAGUCUUAAAAUUUAGACAGACAAGGAGUGCGUCUACGCUAUUACAAUGCGAUAGGUACGAAGAAAAGCGACAAAAACGUAAAAAAACGAAGAGCGAAAGUAACUUUAGACAAGUCUCUGACGUGCGUCUGCCAUCCCUCAGACUGUUCGUCGCUGGCCGCUCAGCUCUGUUCGGCUCCGAGCUUCUUCGUUCUUUGUCAUCUCAGUCACUACCUCAUUACGUCAAUCCCCUUUUAGUCGCUCCUCAGCUCUCUCUCGCGCCUGUUCUUCUCCUGACUAUGACAGUUCCUCGAUUUGUCCUGAAAGAUGACACGCUGCUGCGCGUGUCGCUCACAUUCAUCACCCCUCAACGUUCGCCCAUUCGUUUACUUGGUCUUCUCGCAUAUGUCUGUCAUUUCUAUGAAGCAGUCGCGUAUCUGUUUUUGACAUCCUUCUCUAGCAUCUCCGAUCGCCCCGCAGCUUAGCCAUAAGACGACAGCCGCAAAUGGUAGAACCCACCGUUGUUGGCGGUUUCGACCGCACUGCCACUACGACCGCCGCCAGCGACUGUCAUCAUUCGACCCGGUGGCCGCGUGCGCGCACACGCAACGUCACCCUGUUUACAGCGUUGUUCAACGUUGCUUCAUGCAAGAUUCAGUGGGUAUCGAGUAAUUGUAGUAAUCGUUUUCAGUCCAUCACUCUGCGUUCAACUAGCAAACAAUCGAGCGGACGAAUAAUCAGCGGAACAAUGAUGGGGUGCCAAUAUGGACUAUGCAGCGGCUACAUUGGGUUGCUAGACAACGACACACGCCUUCCCGUUUUGCUGGUGUCAUUGCUGCUCCUAUAAAACUGUUAUAACACAGCGUUGGUUGUCCGUCCAAUACUCGUUAGUAUGUGCCAGCGUCACUGCCUGAACCUAAUCAACCUACAAAUAGCUCUCUCGUUACCGCUGUUGGCGAUGCGUAAGCAUAGGUUCUUAGCUUGCCGUUCAUCUUCUGUGAUGGAGCGACAAGAGAAGCAGAACAGAGCGGAACGGCGAGGUGAACCGGAGGCGGCUGCAACCCGCCGCUACUGGUGUUCAAUCUGUAGCUAGGUUCUGUAGCGUCAGGUUUAACCUUUUGCAACAUUAUGGUACCGUAACAUCAAGAAUGAUCCAAGGCACCGUGAUUAAAAGGAUGACAGCUAAUCUAACAAAAGCUUAUGCUGCUGCUGCUAUGAAUAGUUGCCUGCGUUACGGGUGAACAUGGCUCAGGGUACGUUGUGUUCUACCGUUGUUUGCCAUGUAUAUUCCAACCGAUCCAGUGACGCUUACUUGUCCUCGCCAGCCGUCUCAUGGCUUCUGCGUAUUUUGAGCCGUUACGGCAGCCGCGGCGGCGCUGAUCGCCACCGGCAGCAUUACCCGUCCGUCACCCACCCCAAUUUUGCCAUCCAGCAUUAUCGCUUUCUAUCACUACAGCCCAGCAUCGACAACGUUUAUAUCGACUUUUGACAACAAGAACACCUUUAAGAGGAACUGUUUUCACUGGCGACGCCGAUAACGCAGACAACACCGGAGUCUGUCAAUAUUUGCCGCGUUAUUUCUGGUUGCUGUUAUUGCUGCUGCUGCUGCUGCUGCUGCUGCUGCUACUGCCGUCGUCCGAUCAUCGAAUUCAACGGGACGAAAUGAAUUAUGAAAGUGACGCGAUUUUUUUAGCCAGCUUACAUUCUUUGUUGAUUGACGGUCUAUUGACUACUAACUGAAAUAACUCGCGUUUGGUCUGAUCACUCUUCCUCUCUCUCGCCCCCCUUUCUGAUCGUCUGUCUGAUGAUUCGUUCGUAUGUUAUCAGCUGUGAACGCUGGCGUGUCUGUUGCUGUUAACGCCGCUGACUUGCCUGGCCGUGCGUCAUCAUAUAUCUGCCCAUUCGUAGAUCUGGUCGAUCAGGCGUCAGACGACAAGCAGUUGAGUUGCAUGGCUAGAUGCCGGAAAGCCGGAGCGGAACGGUUGCUUCUGUCUGCUUGUCUAUUCAUUGACGUUAACGUUGGCAAUGACGAUGUCGAUGUCCGACAACACCUCUCGCCGUUCGACCAACGACUGAUAACUGACAACGCUUACCCUGCCAGCGGUAGCAGCAACCUACAACCGGUGCCGUCAAUUCCCCAGGCAGCGAAUCAAAUCUACCGAGUCAAUCGGAUAUGACAAAUAUUUUGCCGAUACCCACAAAGACAACGGAUGAGAAGAGAAGCAAGCGAAAGAAAACUGUUGGUAAAAAGAUGACGACGACGGCGGCGAUGCUGAUGUUUGUCAUGAUAAUGAUUAUCGUGGCGAUCCUGUUGGUGGUAUCUACGACGGUUGCGCUUGCCGCUUGAUGUUAUUCACUGUUGUGAGAUUGAUGGUGAUGAUGUUUCCAAUGGCGACACAGCCGUGUCGAUGACGAGCAAAUGAAGCAGUUCACGCUGCUGGCUACGACAAUGGCAAUAUGCCUAGUGCUCAACGUGUUUAUGUGCGUGUAACCAUGAUGGUCGUAACUCGAGAUAUGUAAUAUGACUGUAUAAGCUGACGCAGAACACCGAUACUAUCGACGCCGAUGUCUGCCUACCUGUCAAUCUGCAUGGCUAUCUGAAUGUCUGCCUCUGUUAGAGCAAUAUUCACGCGUAUAGUUUUAUGCCCUGAACUGGAACGCAAGAAGAAAUGACGGUCGGACAAACCGAAAGACCAACAGAUAGAAGAACAAACAACUAGCUAAACAGACAACCAGAAUGAUUCGGAAGUACGUAUACACAAUGCACAGUUAUAGCCAUGGGCAAUGAGGAGGAGACGCAAUGAACUGCUGUGCCCUGCUGAGAUACGAGAGGAUAUAUACACGCGCGCACACGUAGACAUAUUGAAAUGCGACCAACGACCAACGAUUUCGACUCUGACAAUGAUGACCCUGCGAUUCAGUAGAAGUUAUCGUUGAUUCGUGUGACGCCGUUUCCACUGGCUUAUGGCGUCGGAGCAAUUCGUGGUCGCCAGUGAUUCGUCACCACACACGGCACGAUACACACGCUGAACACAGACACAUACACAUAGAGAUACUCGAACACACAUACACACGCGAAGAGACACACACACAAACAGAUACACACACACACACGCGCCCUACAUCACAUACUCUAGACAGAUACGUACCAAUAGCAACAACAAUACAGUGACGUUUGCCUCAUCAGUUGGUUACGAAAAUCACUAUAUCAAGAUGAUGACGGUGGUGAUAAUUAUUAUUUUGGCGAUAUAUGUAGUUGACACAAUGAUCUACCUUAGAUGUAAUAUAUUUUAUAGAAACGACACGAAAAGUGCAACGUUCAAAUUUUUGCGCGGGUCGCGUAUCACGCACGUUUAACGCCGAAGAAUUUAAAGUUACACAAAAUUUUACUCGUGGUACCAAUAUGACACACAGUCACAGAAACGUAACGCCGAUAAACGACUGAAAGGAAAUUGUUUAAAGGCGAAAAUGUUCAAGUAUACAAGCCCUUUAUCGAUCUAGAGACGAUCGAUGUUUUGACGCAUCGACAAUGUCUGGUCUGCACUUUAAGCAAUAUGUCGAAUGCACAGAAAACGAUAUGAGAUAACUUUCUUUCGUCUCUUUUCUGUUCUUUAUUAUGUCCAUAAUAAAUAAAGCGACACAAAAGGCGACGACGCUGAGAUAGAUAACUAGACAAUAGUAGCCAUCAAUCUCGAGCAAAGAAGGAACAUAACGUCAUUUACAACAAAAACAAGCGGCACCAUUAUUACCAUGGCUUACACACACAGAAACAAACCAGUAACAUAAAAACCCACCAACGUCACUCCAAUUCGCGCUAACCGCAGCAAUAGCAGCGGCAAAAUUAGCUGGUGGCAGCUCGACGCCUACACUGCGCUCUUGUGGGCAUCGUGGUUCGUUACGUCAACACUAGACGCGAGUGCUCUUUUUUGCAUAGCCAGACCCGUGCCGGAUCAGUGUAGUGGCAGUAUUCGCUAUAUUAUUAUGGUUAUCUCAUAUAGUCGGCAUUUUGUCACAGUGACUGUAGCGGUGCUGCUAGUAUUGACGCGCUGAUGGCCAACGUGUUCUUGGCUGGCUGCUUGGUAACGCCUUAUGUGACACUCACUGAAUAAUAAAAGAGUAGAGACAAAUAAUAUAAGUGAACAGAGAUGCAUCGAGAUGACAGCUUAUGACAGACCAGGUCCAUUAUUUGACGCAACCAUGGCGCCGUCGCUGCGAUGGAACCCGGUCAACCUGCCUGGUUGUAGCGUUGCCUUCUUUGGUGGGGAUUCGACUGUCGUUUUCGUUUUGUUCGAUUGUUCAACCGUCAACGUUUAUCAGAGUUGUUCGGCAUGAUGGCUCGUCUCGUUCGAGCUGCUGGCAGCAGCUGUAAUUGUCCGCCAUUCGCCGACUGGCAAUCUCUGAUUUAAUCGGUUUGUCAAUCAGCAAACGCCAAACAGUCAAUCAUUCACUCAGUCCAGUUGUUUUUCGUGUGUGUGUCCCCCUACUGUUUUUCUGAAUCGUUGCUGCUCUUGCUUUUUCCAGCUUUUACCCUCCUGUCGUAGUUGUCUUCAGUUUAUCCUUGUUGUCGCGCUGAGUAGUAAAUCGCCUAACAAACAUCUGAUGCUCUCGAACGGUGGCGCACGUUGACAUGACACACAGGCCCCUAUGUCGUCCGCCAGAGGGAGCGCAGCCUGUCCUUUCUGACCAAAAGCCUUACCGUCCUCUUUUUUUUUUUUUUUUUUUUUUUUUUAAGCUUCAACUUGUGUUACGUUGCGCGAACUCUAGUUGAUAGUUGGAUUGUGCUUUUGGCUUAUAUCGUUAUUCUAAAUCCGAUUAGCAGUAGACGUCAACUGUGCAUUCCCUAGCAUUCAGUCACACUGUCAACACAUGGACAUACGAAGACAACCUCUGGGCGCAUACAGACAAAACAAGUAACAUCGCAGGUCACUGUACGAAUUAAAUGUCAUUUAUUUUCGUCAUCGACUAGGAUUAUUGCACAUAGAUUUAGGGCGCAGUGCCAGAUCGAGAGAUGUGGGAGAGUGGCUUGAGCGAUCUAAGAUGAUCUCGGAACAACAAAACGAAUUAUCUCCGAGUGAGAAAAGAGCUGAGGUAUCAUUCUGUAAUCUGAAGUGUAUAAAAGCCUAAGAAAUCACAGCGUACGAGACUCUUGCUGCUUAUAACACCUUGAGCAACCAAAAAAAAACGGGUUUAGGAAGGGCAAAGACAUCGCAGCGUUACUCCUGUUUGUAAGAAAGGGGCAGACGAUAAUUCAGAUGGAACUGUGUGUGCACAUCAUGGACACGAAACCGAUAGUGAAUAUUGAUAUUAAUAAUAAUAGUGACGAUUAUGUGUGAAGCGCCUAAUAAAUACUUGGAGCCUUUGGGAAAAAGUAAGCGCGCUUAAAAACGAAACUCUCGAAGAAUUGACAAGACGCGAAGAUGCAAUACAGAGUCAUUUUGUAAUAUAAAAUGUAUAGAACCUAUCACUCGUAUAACAGCACACAUUCACUCGCGCGAAUCGAUUGUGAGUUUAUGGGUGCGUGGAACGGAUGCAUGGCUAGCCGUUGUAUGGACUUACAAUCUAUUCGAUGUGGUAGAUUGCCCAUUGGCAGAAGAUCGGAGACACGGAGCAAUAUGACGGAACGGCUUAACUGAUAAAGCUCGUAUGGUCAUCGGAUUGCGAAAAGUCCGCAGCCGAAAAGAGAAGCGUUUCUUUCGCCGCUUUCCAUCUUUAUUUGACUAUUAGCCAAGCAGCCGUACAACGGUGCCGUGCAACGCUGACAACAACAACAACAACAAACACUUUCCAAGCAGCCGUUCGUCACCGACAUCGGAUUCUCGCUAAAACCAUUCCCUAUAUAUGCACCGCAAACGUGUACAAUGAGUCUAUUCUACUAUUGGAAAUUCACUACCCCUAGGCAAAGCAACAGAGAUUUUCGUAGAAAUACGGUAUAUGCGCAAGAAAUCUAUAGAGCUUUACUAGCAUGAUAAAUACUUGCUGGCGACGAAUCCGGUGCGCGCAGACAAAGGACAUGCGCCUGAGCUCAUGUAACAUACUAAAUUAUUUAUGCAACAACCCUCGGACAUGAGGGCUAGGAUUGAGAUAAGACUGGGGAUCGUGAGAUAUAUAACAACAACAACAACAACAACAAAAA